UAUUAUUAUUAUUAUUAUUAUUAUUAUUAUUAUUAUCUAUAUAUAUAUAAAAUGAUUAUCGGUCAUAUAAGAAUCGUGAAAACAUAUUCGGCUAAUAAAAAAAAGUAGCCGUCGGACGAGCGUGCAAUCUCGUGGCGAGGGUAAAUUGCGUCGAUCAAUCGAUCUUUUUUUUGCAAAUUAUAUUGUCAAAAACAAUUUGGAUUGCGUAUGAUUAUAUCAGAAAGUCUAUAGAAUUGUGUUUUGUGUAUAUUUAUGGCGAUUCAAUAUACACGUAUUUGCAAUAUAAACAUAUUAUGAAGGAUAGAGGGAGGGGGGACAUUUAAUCAUACAGGGCGAGAUCAUGUUCGCAUAAAUAAAACAUAUAUCGAUAUGUUGUCUUUGAAAUAUACGACAUUCACAUCCACAUACACGCAUAUGCACGCAUACAAACAACACAAUCAUAUAAAAAAAUGUUUGUCAAUCAUAAUUGCAUUCAUUUGUUUUAAGACGGCAAAUAAUUGAUACGUGUUUGUUGUGUUGCCUUUAUGACAUCCAAUUUGAAAUGGCUCUUCUAAAGUUACUCAAGUUACCGUCGUUGUGUACUAUUAUGAUAGAUUUUUUCUUCUUUGUUUUUUUAUUUUUAUUUUUUCAACGUGAAUCGUGAAACUUGUUUAAAUGCUAACUUUUACCUAGGAGUAAAUAUAUUUCAGAUAGUUUUUCUCUUGGCGUUAAAGUAUUAAUGACACACAAAACGAAAAAAAAAUUCUUACAUAAACUGCGUAUACAUUGGUAUUAUUCAAAUUCCUGUUUAAAACACACCGAGUUGUUUCUCGCGCUGAAGACGUGAAUAUGGUAGUUUGACCGCGUGAAAAGCGAUUCUAUCUGUACACACGUAUAUAUAAUAUUGAAAUUAUAUGAAACGUUACGUUGGGAGGAUUAUUAUUAUGUACUGUGUACACCAUGUGACAUAGUUGUGCACGUGGGACGUAGCAUUUUAUAUUGUACACACAUGAGUGAAAUGCACGUAACGAAAAAUAGAUAAAUUAUCGAUUCAUAUAAGCGUACGUGUAUAUAUAAUACAAUCACAUCACGUGUAUCUUUCUUUUCCUAUUUAUUUAAUCCCACCGAAAGACGAAGUUUGUCCAUUUUUCUUAUUUAUUUAUUUCUCGUUUUUUUUUCUAUUAUGUAUAAAUUCUUCGUCAAUUAGGAAAUUGCUAUACAAAUGCAAGAGAAAUCUCAGGAUUUCUUACAAAUUAUUACUUUAUAAUGAAAAUAUUGCAUAAAAAUAUAAAUAAAAAGAAAAAAAAAAGGGGAUAAUACAUUUCUUUGUGUUCUCUACUUUAAAGUACAAAUUUAAAUGCUUAUCGCUCAUCUCACCUAUUAACUCAACUUUUGUAUCGUUAAAGAUUCAGUAGUAAUAAUAAUAAUAAUAAUAAUAAUAAUAGUAGUAAGUAAACUUUACGUAAGAGCUUGUUGAUAAGCAUACCAGUAUAUUAGAACAGUUGGAAUAAAAGACAGAGAUUGUUCGUACGUUUACAUUUAAGAGGAAAAAUAUCGACUGCUUCAGACGUACUUAAUAUUUUUCCAUAUAUCGUUCCGUUUCUAUAAAAUAUCACUGACCUAUUUUAUACAAAGAUCAGUAUGGCCGACACCGUACAAACCGUACUUGGAAAAGUUAACGUUACCGAACUCGGCCGAGUUUUGACACACGAACAUGUUGCCGUGGAUUUUGCCGAUUUUUAUACACCACCACCGUCUACGUUAGAACCUUUUCUAAAUAAACCAAUGAAGCUUCAUAAUAUGGGAUGGGUGAGACAGUAUCCAUAUAGUCACAUGAAUAAUAUCAAAUUCAAUGAUACCGAAAGUGCUUAUGCUGUGUUAGAAGAUUUAAAAUUAUUUCAUCAAUUUGGCGGUAAUACUAUUGUAGAGAAUAGUAGUCAUGGUUUGAAACGUAGUAUUGGAUUAAUGAAAACUCUCAUGGAAAAAACUAAUGUUAAUAUCAUAGCUGGCACAGGAUUCUAUGUCGCAAAAACACAGGAUCAGGGUACUUUGAAUUCAUCCGUUGAAAAUCUGUACGAUAUUAUAAUGUCAGAAAUGACCGAAGGUUGUCAAAAAUUUCCCGAAACCAAAGCGGGAUUUAUUGGAGAAGUUGGAACUUCUUCGCCGAUCGAAGAUUUUGAGAAACGUUCGAUAAAAGCUACUGCAUUAGCUCAAUCACAGUUAGGAUGUCCCGUUAGUUUUCAUCCAGGACGAGAUUCAAGUAUACCCAUUGAAAUAAUGAGAAUUUACCAGGAAGCGGGCGGAGAUUCGAAAAAGGCUGUGAUGUCCCAUCUCGAUCGUACUUUCACGAAUAAAGAAGCUUUGUUGGAAUUUUCGGACGAUACAAAUUGUUAUUGUCAAUUUGAUUUAUUCGGUACCGAAUGUUCUUUCUAUCAAUUAAAUCCAAUAGUCGACAUGAUAUCCGAUGCACAACGCGUUAAUUACGUUCAACUUCUACGAGACGAAGGGAAGAUAAGGAGAGUACUUUUGAGCCAUGAUAUUCACACUAAACAUCGUUUGCUAAAUUAUGGAGGUCAUGGUUAUUCUCAUCUCUUUAAUAACGUGCUGCCGAAAUUUCGAAUAAGGAGAUUUUCCGAAGAGGAAAUAGAUACAUUAACUAUUACCAAUCCGAAAGAUUGGCUUUUAUUUUAGACUUUUUAUUGUCUAAAUAUAAAUGUACUGA